GUUUUGAUUGUUGAAGUAAUCUCCCCUGACUUGGUGCUGCCACUGUGUUGGUUUUCAUCGGUUUUGGUUUCGUCCUAAAAUGGCAGCUCCUUAAUAAAAUAAUCGUCAAUAAAUCCACCUCUAUGAAGUCGGAAUAAUGGUCCACAGUAUUUAGAUACUGGUUUCCUCAUCCAUUAAAUUCAUUAAUCUAUAUCAACGCCUACUUUUUCUCACAUGCUAGGUCUAGAUUUCUAGAUCUAUUUACUAUUUAUUAUUAUUUAGUAUUUGAUUUCCAUUUAUUCUAGUCCCCUCACCCAGUCAAACUGUCACUGUGUAGUUGUAAUCACUUGGCACUGAAUUCUAACAGGAAGUAAAUGUAUUUAAAAAAUGAUAAACAUGAAUAAUAUUAUGAACUUAAUUCCAUCACAUAAAGAGGAGAGUACAUUACAUCUACCCUGUUUGGGACGGGUUCAUGUUGUCAGUGACAGAGAAGGACGAUGCUACGCUUCUAUAGUUCUGGCCUACUGGUUAUAUGGAACCUUUGCUCCUUUAUUUAUCAUUGUUAAGCCAGCUUAUGAAGAUGGUGUUAUCUCCUGGUUUGUAGUUUAUGGAUAUUAUCUUGUAUCUGCUUUAUGUCUGCUAUCAUUUUUAUCUGCAUCUUUAAAAAAUCCUGGAAACAUUCCCAGUUAUACAGGAACCGAAAAUGAAGACACUAAGUGGAAUAAAUGUAAAGUUUGCAACCAAAUGCGACCUCCACGAGCACAUCACUGUCGUAGGUGUGGACAUUGUGUUAUGAAAAUGGAUCAUCAUUGUCCAUGGAUCAACAACUGUGUUGGAGAGAAUAAUCACUUUGCCUUUAUUCUCUUAUUGCUUUAUGCUUUUCUGCUGAGCUUGUAUGCUUUUGUCUUGGUCAUGCUACAUUUCUGGGUGUUUCCUAAGUGUGUUAGUUGUGACAAAGAAGUCUUUUACAUCAAACACAGUAUCUGGUUCAUGUAUCUUGAGUUCAUUCUGUCACUACAGAUGAUGUCCUUAAUGGGCAUACAGCUGUUUCAGCAACACCUUAAUGUCCUCAGAAAUAAAACCACACUGGAAACUAUGAUGGACCCCAGGAGUACCUUAUAUAUUCAAGGACAGUGCUCUCAGUCAUAUAGGGAAAUCUGUGGCCAAGGUCACCCGCUGUUCUGGCUGAUUCCUAUAGGGAAGAGAAAAGCACUUCCAAGUGACACUCAGUACUAUGUAUGACAAGGUCAUGGCAGUGUGGACAUUCUCUAGAUAUGAGGCCACCCACGGCUAGACACUGAAGAACAUCUAGCUUGUAGCACAGUGUACACAGCUUCUGUGUGGGCCAGAAAUGUGUUGGUUUGAUUUUUUUGGGGGGGGGGGGGGGAUGUAGAGGGCCAGAAGAGGACAUAAUAGAGAUACAUAUAGUAUAAUCUGAUAUUUAUCAGCACUCAGAUGGGUCUGACAUAAUUCUUUCCAGUUAUCCUGUGCUUGAUGAAAUGAGGUUUAAGUCUAUGAAUGCUUUAACUAAGUACAAAUAUUUAUAUGUAAUUAUUAUAUGUAUUAUAAAUGUUACAUGUAAUUUAAAAAGUAAUGAUUAUUACUAUGUAUAAAAAAAAAUAUUUGUGUGUUUUUACUUUAGUUUAUUUGCAUCUGUGAUGCAUUAUAUCAUCAUACAAAAAGUCAUCUAGAGGUUAAAGUAAAUUAUUUAUUGAUGUAUUUACAUUUUUUUUUGGAUAUCUACAUUUUAUUACUAGGUCAGUUCAGGAGACAUUCUGUGGGCAAUACAAUAACCCAAAAAUUAUGAAUUGAUAAUUAAUAUUGAUAUAUUUAAUUAUUUUUUUUAAAGACAGUUCAUUGAUAAAGCUAUUUAACUAUUACUGAUAAAAUAACAUAUUGUGCUUAGACAAAUUCUCAAUGUUAUACUCUUUGAAGCUAACAUAUUAUGUUAACCAGUUUUAGAUUAUAAUGUGAUAACUAGCUUAAUCAUUAAGGAACCCAUAGGAUACUUACAUUUUACUUGUGAAAAUGAGUUGAUUCACAUUUAUUUUAUGUUACAUUAGAAAAAAAAAGUAGUUUUUAGCUGGGAUUUUAUUUUAUUUGCUUUAUUUAUAAUAAGUGCUCAAUAAAUCUACCAAAUAGGAGUGUGGACAAUAUUACAAAAAAACAUCUCUUGGCAUAAAACAAUUAUCUUUUUUUUUCCCCUUUCCUGACACUGGAGUAUGUGGCUUUGAGCAUUUUUUAACAUUACGAUGAAGCUUUCAUUGUAUUUCUCAAUUACUUUCCGAGUGUUAGCAAUUGAGAAUCAAAGCUUAUAGUAUAACCAUUAGACUUCAAGAGCAGAAGAAAUCUUAAUGUUGAUUACUUAGCUUAUUUACUUAACUAUGCAAAAUCAUUUGAUUAUAUUAAAAAAUGUUGUAAUUGUUGUUCUGUAUUACACAUCUAUAGUUGUUUAAUCUGAAAAUGAAUCAAAUGUUAAAAUAGUUUUAGCCAUUAGAAUUACUUGGUGAAAUGUUAAGUGUGUCAUCUAGAACUACUUCAUUAGUUUUACAUAUAUACACAUCUCCUACUUACGUAGGUAAACUGGUUUGGUGCCAUGCAGCAAUCAAGAUUGCUUUUUGUAUAUGUAUUUAUAUUAUAUAUUUUAUAUAUGAAUGUGUCAUUAAUUUUGGUUAGAUUGUAUACAGGUUGUGCACUCUUCUAGUUUCUAUGUACUAUUGCAUAAGAUCUUUGUUUCUUUGAGUGCUCUUUUAAUUUGAUAGUUCUGAAAUAUUUUCUCCAUUAUGUUGUUACAAUGUACAUUGUUACUCUUGGAUAUUCUCAUAGCUUAGUUUUGAUUGCAAAAUAAUGUAUUCUUUUGAAUAUUCUGCUAGUCUUUUGAAUAUUUUUGUUUUUAUCUUGUAUAGCUACACUAAGGUCUAGGCCUUUACAAUUUAGAUUCAGUAAUUUAUAUUUUUUUCUUAUCUACUUGGAAAGUUUGGAUAUGAGCCCACACAUUUUUCUCUAUCAUGAUUUUUUUUCCUAUUAUUUUCAUUUUACAAAUAGUCCAGAAGAGAACAUUCUGCAAUUUAUUUUUAGUUCUAAUCUUUUCAUUGAAGUCUAUGGUAGUUUAAGCGAAAAGAGAAUCUAAAUCAACACUGGCUGACAAUGGUUACGUCUGCGUUGGAUGUGUAAAAUACAUAGGUUGCAGCAGUGGGCUGCUUAGCCACAUCGAAGACAAACCUUGUAUAAGGUAGAUUGAAGUAGAAGAGUCACAGGGUUCGAGCACUCAGAAAUUUGUGAGAAAUUCAAGUAUGAUUGGCAGCAGUAACUACAGAAAGUCUGUUCAAAAAGUUGAUUAUAUCUCUUAGGGUGAGCCUUUCUACUUGCCUCGGAGAAGGUCUCAAAAAGUUUGUGUUUGACUCACAUUUUUACUUACAUUGGAACUAAAAACAAUGUUUCUCUAGAGAAGUCUUGUUGAUUCAGUUUAUGUUCAGCAAAUUUGGGCUGAAUAUCACCUAAUAAGAUGUGUUGUAAAUUCUAUUUAAAAACAAAAUUAAAUUUAUCCAUUUGAAAAGAAAUGCUCAUUUCCAUCAACAUGCCUAUUUCACAGACAUUCUGUGUAUAUCUCAGUUAUCAUGUUAGAAAUCUUUGUUGUACAUCUUUGAUAUUUUAGUUGUCCAAAAAGGGGCAUUGCUUUUGUUGUACUAUCCCAUUUGAUAUCAUUUACAGAACUCUACCCUCUCUAUAUAUCCUAAGCUAUUUUCUCAUUUCUUCCUUAGUACAUUUCUGAGUUCAAUUAGUGAACUUUUGUCCACUACUUUCCCUCUUGUUAUACUGCCAUCUGUCAAGUUUAUUAACUUACAUCAAUAUGGAAUCAUACAUGAUUAUUACUUGACAUUCCAUGCACUCAUAAACUAGAUGUGAGGUCAAGAAACCAUGCUUGCUAGAGACAAUAAGUUUGAAUAGAAAUAUACUUAGUUUUCAGGCUACGCUCUUUUUUUUUUUUUCAAAUUUUUUUUUUUUUGUUUUUGUAUUAAAAAAAAAUUAAAUUACUUAUAAGUAUAAAAAAGUAUACAAUCAUUCUGUAAAACAUUGUUAGUUUUGAAAAGGGGGUUUCUUAUUUAAUUUCUUAGCACCAAAAAAAUUGUGCCAUCAACGAUCAAUUUUUAUGCUUUUUAUUUUUUAUUAGAAGUGUUGCUAAAUAUAAAUGUUCCUGUUUAAUGGAAACAAGACAAGUCUUCCUCAACAAAGUUUUGUAGGGUUUUUUUAUUAUUCAACAUUCAGUAUGUGACAUUUCUUAAAUGGUUUCUAUAUCCAUACGCUGUUUGUUUGUAAAUAAAUGAAAAUACUAAGUA